AGAGAGAAACAGAAAAACAAAGGAAAGGGGAAGAAGGAGCUGCACGGAGGGACGGAGGAGGGAGUGAGGAGUUACUUCAAGGAGACACGGAGCAAUGAAAACAUAACUGUUGGCUCUGCGACACCCCAGCUGUGUGUCAGCUCUCUUCCCACCGUGGACCCGUCAGCCCACAAGUCGCUCUGAGGGCCAAACCAGGACGGACGGCCGAGGGGAGAGGACGGAGAAGGAGCAGCAAACCUUGGCUGAGGUGAGGAGAAAGCAGUCGUGUGAGGAGAGAGCAGAGGCGACCGAUAGACGGGGGAGAGUGGAGGAGUGAGGGGCCCCUGUUAUUCCAGCAAAGAGCGAGGAGGUGAAGGAGGAGAAGACGACAGAGAAGAAGAAGAAGAAGAAGAGAGGAGAGAAUACAGAGGGAGACGAGUCGGCUGGACAUGGGGCUCUGUGCUGUUCUCCUCAUCUGUCUCUCCCAGGCUGAGCUGGGGAGAGCGUGGGCUCAAGAGCACGAAGAUGCAGCGACUCCUCUGCGGACAGAUGUGGAUCCGUCCGGGUUUCACUCAGCCCGGUGGGAGCAGCCGACCUCCCACAGACACAGAGCGGCCCGCAGAGCGCCGGCUGGAAGCGGAGGAGAAGGAGUUGAUAUCAGCCCUCUGCCCGUCAACAUGACGCGGAUCUUGCAGGACUCCCACAGGUACUACAGAUGGCAGAGCUUUGGUCCAACAGACACACGCACUGAGGAGCUGUGGGUGAACAUGAAUGCCUUGCACCCGAGCCAAGUCAGAAUCCACGGCAUUCUGUCCAACGCGCACCGCCAGGCAGCGAGGGUGGCGCUGUCCUUCGAUUUCCCCUUUUACGGACACAGCUUGAGACAAGUCAUCGUAGCGACCGGCGGGUUCAUCUUCAUGGGGGAGGUCACUCACCGAAUGCUCACCGCCACGCAGUACGUCGCCCCCCUCAUGGCCAACUUUGACCCCAGCUUCUCCAAAAACUCCACCGUGAGAUACUUGGACAACGGUAAUCUGUUUGUGGUGCAGUGGGACAAGGUGCGGCUAAAAGAUCGAGAGGCCGAAGGGGCGUUCACCUUCCAGGCAGCCCUCCACCGGAACGGCACCAUCGCCUUCAACUACAGGGAUAUCCCCAUACCAGUGGAGCAAAUCAACUCCACCGAGCAUCCGGUGAAGGUGGGACUUUCUGAUGCUUUCAUGGCAUCACCCUCCUCCACACAGCCUUCAGAGCCGGAGCAGUACACCAUCUACGAGUAUCACCGUGUGGAGAUCAACACCACGAGCCUCGUGAACGGAUCUGCCUUCGAGUUCACUCCUCUACCCACUUGUCUUCAGCACACUUCCUGCGACCUCUGCCUAACGUCCAACUUGACAAGCGGCUGCGGCUGGUGCAACACACUCCAACGAUGUUCCGACAGUAUCGACCGGCACAGACAAGAGUGGUUCGAUUAUAACUGCCCCGAGCAGGCUAAAGGCUCAUGUGAGGACUACAACCCGAUUCUACCCGAGGGAUCGAUGAGCUCCUUCAACCACACCUCCUCUGGUCCAACACCUUCUUCAGCACCGCUCGAGGACCAGCCGGUCACUAGUGAUCUACAGACACAUCCUCCGAAGCCUAAUGGGAUAACAGAGAACACAGCCAUCAUAGCAGGCGUAGUGGCUGCCCUGGUUCUGCUUGUAGCGUUGACCCUACUGGCCGUCUACUACAUCAACACGCACCCCACAGCUGCUCCACCCUUCUACCUCAUGCAGCGACGCACCAACAACUACUGGCCCUCCAUGAAGUUCCACAACCAGGGCUGCGACUCCAGCUACGCCGAGGUCGAGCUCGGGGGUCACGAAAAGGACGGUUUCAUCGAAGCGGAGCAGUGCAUCUAAGGGUCCUGGACGUGCACAACAGGGUCGGAGGAAGGACACCAUCUUGAAGACGGUAACGUGACUACAACGAGGAUGAAUGUGGACGAUCAGACAGCCGGACGGUGUUCACUAACUGCUGUCGCAGCUCGUUCUCUGUGUAUCUAGCUCUCUGCCCAUCACACACGGAGCAGAGGCCAUAUCAUCCAAGUGUUGGAGGGUCCAAAGUCAACGGUACAGAAAUGAUGAGAUGCAAAUGUGUAACUGUACAAAACCCACGGAUCCGAGGGGAUGUCAGGGAAUCGAACUAGCCUUCAUACUGCAAACCAGUGUUCAGCUCAACCUAACUCUGUGUCUUUGUUUUUGUUUUUUUGUUUUCAUGAAACUUCUACGUGAGCAAUGAUUGGUUCAUAAAAUGUUAUAUCUUUGUGGACUACAACAGAUAUUUAGCAAUAUAACUGAUAGCGACUAUAACGAUCAUCUUGAACUUCUCUGGAGGAAUGUGGAUUGUUGUGGAUGAAUUUUAGAGGCGUCGAGUUGUGAGAGUUUAUCGUUGAACCUUUUCUGUUUAAAUGUCUUCUAAUAAAAGCUGGUGAUGAGUG